ACCGCCAACUCCAAAGCCAUCUACAUCUACACCUCCGGUACCACCGGGCUGCCCAAGGCAGCGGUGAUCACAGAGAUGAAGCUGAUGAUGGUGGCCAACAUAGGCCGGCUCUGUGGCUUGCGGCCUGACGACAUCAUCUACACAACGCUACCGCUCUACCACUCAGCCGGGCUGCUCAUCGGGUUGGGAGGGUGCUUCGAGGUCGGAGCUACCUGUGUCCUACGGGCCAAGUUCUCCGCCUCCCAGUUCUGGGAUGACUGUCGCCGCUACAACGUCUCUGUCAUCCAGUACGUGGGUGAGCUGAUGCGCUACCUCUGCAACAUGCCCAAGCGUGACAAUGACCGGGAGCACAGAGUGCGCUUGGCCUUGGGCAACGGGCUGCGGGCAGAGGUGUGGAAGGAGUUCCUCCAGCGCUUCGGGCCCAUCUCCAUCUGGGAGUUUUACGGGGCCACCGAGGGCAACGCCGGCUUCAUCAACUACACCGGCAAGAUCGGCGCCGUGGGCAGAGCCAACAUGUUCCUCAAGAGUUUCGCUCCCUUUGAGCUGAUCAAGUACAACGUGGAGGACGACGAACCUGUACGUGAUGAGCGAGGUCUCUGCAUCCGAGUCCGCCCCGGCGAGACGGGGCUGCUGGUCAUCAAAAUCACCAAGAACACCCCUUUCCAUGGCUACGCGGGCGAUUCCCAGAAGACAGAGAAGAAGGUCUUGAGGGAUGUCCUGGUGAAAGGCGACGCCUUCUUCAACAGCGGUGACCUUCUCAUGAUUGACCACGAAAGAUUCGUCUAUUUCCAGGACCGAGUGGGAGACACUUUCCGUUGGAAAGGCGAGAACGUGGCCACGACAGAGGUGGAGGCCACUCUUGCCAUGGUGAACUUCAUCCAGGAGGUCAACGUCUAUGGAGUGUCUGUGCCUGGGUGCGAGGGGAGGUGCGGCAUGGCGGCCAUCCGCCUGAAACCCGGGGCGAGCUUUGAGGGCAAGGACCUCUACGCCUUCACCGGGGACACGCUGCCCAGCUACGCCGCUCCCCGCUUUGUGCGGAUCCAGGACUCUCUGGAGAUCACGGGGACCUUCAAGCAGUGCAAAGGCAACCUGGUCAAAGAAGGCUUCGAUCUCAACGUCGUCAAGGACCCCCUCUUCUUCCGCGACGACAAGAAGAAAUCUUACGUGCCCCUGAACCCCGACACCUACGCCGCCAUUCUGGACAUGAAACUCAACCUGUAG